UGUGGCUGGGGCCUGGUGCGCCCCUACACCCUCCUCUGCGACCUGGACUCUGUUUGGGGCGUGGCAGUCGAAUCUGCAGCGGCCGGCGGCGCCCUGGCUGCCAUUUUACUGGGCCUGAUCAUCCUCUGCCGACUACACCACGUGAGCGAGGCAGAGAAGCGCAGCGGCGUGGGACCCAUUCUCCUCCUGCUCCUGGGCAUCCUGGGCCUGUUCGGCCUCAGUUUCGCCUACCUCAUUGAGCGUGACGAACAGCUGUGUCUUCUGCGCCGUGCCCUCUGGGGCCUGCUCUUCGCCCUGUGUUUCUCCUGCCUGCUGGUGCAGGGUGUGCGGCUCCGGAGGUUGGGCAGCGAGCGCCGGAGCCCGGGGGGCUGCACUCUGACCGGCCUGGCCCUGGGGCUGAGCGCCGUCCAGGGGAUCAUCGCCGCCGAGUGGCUCCUGCUCACGGUGCUCAGGGAGGGCAGAGCGGCCUGCCAGUACCUGCCUCUGGACUUCUCCUUAGCCUGUAGCUAUGUGCUUGCGCUACUGCUAGCCGCGCUGGGGGCGGCCUCCUUCGCUCUCUGUGGGAAGACCCGGCAGUGGCGCUGUAACGCGGUCUGGCUCCUCUCCGCCUGUCUGUUGUCCCUCCUCCUCUGGGUUGCCUGGGUGGGCUUCUAUCUCUACGGUAACGCCUGGCUGGGGCGGUCCCCGGACUGGGACGAUCCAGCAUUGGCGAUAGCACUGGUGGCACAGGGUUGGCUCCUCCUCCUGUUCCACGCCGUGCCCGAGGCACACUCCAGUCUCUGCUCCCCGCCACAACCCUCCGCCCCUGACUAUUUUGACACGUCCCAGGCCCCGUCCCGCAUGAGGGAGACCAGCUUCGACGAGGACAUCCCCCUCUCACACAGGCAGUUUCCGGAGAACCAGGGCUACGGCUUUGACGAAAACACUGCAGGUCUGAGGAGUGCAGGUCAUCAUAAUGGUAACACAGCGCCCAGACCCAGUGCCCCCUUCCGCAGCAACGUGUACCAGCCCACUGAGAUGACCAUGAUCCUGAAUGGGGAGCGGUGAGUUCUCAUAUUGUCCCCUCCGCACCCCCGACCUAUACGGGGCGGCAGCUGUGGUGAAGGACAGAGAUGAAGAAGAAGAGGAAGGAAGAAUGGGGUGAUGAAGAAGGGAUGAAGGGUCCUUGGACAGAGGAAUAACCCAGAGAGGAUAACUAUAACAUGGACAUCACCCCCCCAGAUCUCUAUGUGCGUAUGGGGACAGACAGUUAAACAGAUGACUUACUGAGGGCUUACACAUACCACCCACCCUGUGUUAAUCAAAUACACCAACCAACCACUGAAUGAGUGUGACUGAGGGGGAGAGCAGGUAUGGAGGACAGAUCAAAACAUUACAGGUAGUUUUGAAGUUAAAUCACUGUAGGAGAUAUUCAACUUAAAAACAAACCCUAUUUUGGUUGCAAAUGCUGUGGAGACCAUUUUCAUCUGGGAGAUGUGAGGUUUGAAAUGUUGACUGUCAGGUUUCUUUUGUAUGAGUCAAGUUUACUCCCACGAGACUACUAAGCCACUGUAUAACUUCUGAAAAACUGUGAAACCUCUCUCCCUUUUGAGAUAUUUGCUCUGUUUUUGUUGUUUAUUUUGGGAGAAACUCUUCUAAAGCAGAAUGUUUUGCUCUGUCCUCCAUCCUCCUGUAGAUACGAUACCUUACAGUCCUGUACCUCACCACAGCCCAUCACACAAUAGAAUAACACACGGACAAGUAUGGCUUAAACUCCAGCCUCUCUAGCCAGUGUUCUGUCCUCCAUCCUCCUGUAGAUACGAUACCUUACAGUCCUGUACCUCACCACAGCCCAUCACACAAUAGAAUAACACACGGACAAGUAUGGCUUAAACUCCAACCUCUCUAGCCAGUGUGUGCCUACAGGUAACUGCCAAAAUACAGGAAACACCAACAUAAAGUGUCUUAAUAGGGUGUUGGGCCUCCAUGAGAACAGCUUCACUGCACCUUGACAUAGAUUCUACAAGUGUCUGGAACUCUGUUGGAGGCAGGCGACACCAUUCUUCCCAUGAGAAAUUCCAACAUUUGUUCUUUUGUUGAUGGUGGUGGAAAACACUGUCUCAGGCAUCUCUCCAGAAUCUCAUAUGGUUUACAUCGUUUUCAUGCCCAUCAAACCAUUCAGUGACCACUCGUGCCCUGUGGAUGGGGGAAUUAUCAUCCUUAGGGGGGAUAGUUAUGGUAGCCAAAAGAAUUGCCUGCUCAGCAUUUUUAUACCUGACUCAAAGAAUGAUGGGAUGUUAAUUGCUUAAUUAACUCAGGAACCACACCUGUGUAGAAGCACCUGCUUUCAAUAUCUAAUUUUAGGGAUGGGCAUUUGAAAUAAUUUCACUAUUCGAAUAAUAUCAUGA